AUGAGUUUCCGGGCUAACCCUCUAUUGGUGAAUAUCUAUGAUACGCUUCGCAAGAAGUUCGAUCCUGAAGAUAAGGCUCUCUUCCAGAUGCAGGUUCCUGCUCAACUCCUGGACAGAAGUGCUUUCCAUUACGACGGGAGCGAUUCGGACUUUGCACAGAGGACUAAGCUGUCUUCCGUGGCUGACACCGAGUUUGGUCUCACAGAUGGCAUGCUGGAGCUAUCUAGCAUUGUUGACGGACCCAACGGGAACAAACUCUCCAAGAAAUACGACCAAGUGCUUUCUGGCCUAAUGAUGGCCAACGAAGAGGCCAACCUCGACCAAGCCAGUGAAGCACUGCAACAGGCCCCCUGCAUGAUGUUAGAGAGAUCAUAG